AUGGCAGCAGCAGUCUCCGUGGCGACAUCAGCCUCCGUGGCAGCAACAACCUCCAAGGGCUACCACGAUCACUUUGACGAGUACAAGGGCCGGAAUCUCACCCAGCAGGAAAUCCAGAUGCUGAAGAACCACCAGCGACAGAUGGAGGAGCAUCAGGGCCACGAGCAGCAGCACGCCCAGAUGGCCUUCAUCUUGAUCACUGCCCUCAUCACCUCGCAAAUCGCGAUCCUGUCGUGGAAAAAGUUCCAUCCGCGUUCCUUCAACUGGGCCACUCUCAUCGGUCUCUGGAUUAUACCUCCCUUAAUCGGGCUCCGGAGCGGCUCCUAUCGGUAUCUCUUUUUUUGGGCCCUCUAUUCCGUCGCCAACUCGUUCAUUGUCAAGCGCGCAUACGAGUCGCCGCUCAGCUCGUCGACCCCAGGCCUGGUCUACAACUGGUAUGCCUGGAUCUACUCGAUCUCGUAUGCCAUCGGCAUUUUUGGCUAUGCCAUCGUUGCCGCUGCGUUUUUCCACAUCCCCGCCUUGCUCUUUGGCGUCGACAUCGAAGGCGAGUCCCUCAUUGUCCAGCGCGGCAUUGUCUUGAUCUUCUACGGCCUGUAUUUCGGCACCCUCAGCCGUGACUUUGUCGAGAGGCUCUCCGAUCGCAUGGCCACCAAGAUCGGCUACUACAAUCCCAAGGGCAUUCCUCACAAGCAGCUCCACCAGGACGUCUGUGCAAUUUGCGGCGAGAGUACCGGUCUCCUCGACUCGACUGCUGCUGCUACUGCUGCCCGCCCUCGCAAAGGCCCCAUCGAGAUCGGGGCAUCCAGCCUCGCAGAGCCCAACAACCCCGCCACCAUCUGGGCCCAGCUUCUGCGGUCGGGUUAUCGGCUUGGCGUUGGCCUUCUUGGCGACGACGGGAAAUUGCACAAGUUGACCUGUGACCACACCUACCAUGAAUCCUGCAUUCGGGGCUGGACCAUCAUCGGCAAGAAAGACUGCUGUCCGUACUGCAAAGAAAAGGUCGAUCUACAGGACUUUUCGCGCAAUCCCUGGGACACCACCCAGAUCCUGUAUCUCAACCUGCUAGAUGCCCUGCGGUACAUGGUCGUCUGGAACCCCAUCAUUUUGAUCAUCGUGCAUUUCAUCUUCAACGUCUUUGGCUACAAGUGA